UUGGAUUAAGUGUCCUAGCUGGCCUCUAGCAAGAUGUUUUCAGUGUGAGAACAGAUAGUAACAUUACUGCUUGAGAUACGUCCCUUGGUAGGGUCAAGCUGGAUCUCUUAUUAACUAAACAGCCCAUCCAUUUGAGCAAGAAUAUGAUGCUACUGCCGAAACUGAAGAGUCCCCAUCUUGAAGGGGUGAAAUUAACCCCCAGGUGAAUGAGGCCAUAGCCAGCCCUUCCUUACACAGCACUGAAGACUGACACAAAGGAAUGAAGUAGCGUCCUGUCGUGGAAAGUUGGAUGAAGGAGCACAAAGCUUCUGGGAGGUCAGAGUUAGAGGACAUGCUAGGACAUUACAGUUCCUGCUGUGUGACUAGUCCAGAAUCAGGAUGGGUGGCUCUGAGCCUCACAUGGCAGAGGAGGAACUGUGGGGCCUGGGGAGUGCUAUAGUGGCUGAUGGUGUAGAAACUCUAUGGAGAUCAGUUUCAGUGCUUACUGUUGUUCUGCGACUCUACCAGGGUGUUGUGCUAGCCAUAGUAGUCAUGUUGAAUUUUUGCCAAGAUGGCAGUCAGAAUGGAAUGCACCGGGAUGAGAUUCAAGCCUCAGAGGGUGACCACCAGCAUGCAUAUAUGUGCAUUUGGAAUAGGGGAGGGGACAUGAGAUGGUACCCACACACUUUUUUGUUAAAGAUGCCUCCUGGGCAACAAAACUUUUCUGUAAGGCCAGGUGUUCAGAGUGAUGGACAGCAGGGAUCCAGUUCCCCUUUACUGCCUCAGGACUGUCCAUGGACAGCAUUGUCAUGGAAGGUGGCCUGCAGGAGCCAGAGGGCCAGAAGUGAUGCUUGAGGUCAUUUUUCUUAGCCUGGAUCAUGGAGUUGCAGGGUCCAGGGUUUGGAAGGGGACUAAAGUUAGACCUGCCUGUGGUGGGGUCCAAGCAGCAUGGGUCUUCCCAACUCCUUGCCCACUCUUGCUCCCACACCGGACACCUAAGGUCAGCCCACCCCUAAAAUAGCUCCCCAUGCAGUUCUGGGGAUGGGGCUGGAACCGGACAUCAUGGGACAACUGUACAUCCAGUAUUAGAAACCAGGAUCCACACAUCCAGGCCAUCGACAAAGGCUCCUCCCGCAGCAACAUGUGCCCAGUGACUUGGAGGGUGCUAAGCCAUAGUUACAGCAACUCCAGCAUCUUCAGGAAGGGCUCCUCUUAGCAUCUGCUUCUUUUUUUUUAAUACAUUUUUUUAUUCAUCUGCUUCUUAUAGGCCCAUUAUGUGUCUAUCAGCUCCAUGGAGCUAGUGAGGCUGAAGAGGAGGUCUUUGUCCUCCUGGCACAGAAAACACUUUGGGACCUGUGCAAGGGUUUCUGUCCCCAGAGCCAUCCCCCUUCAUUGGGAUCCUGACCCUUCCCCUUUCACUUGGC